AGUUAGGAAUAAAUAAUACAUAAUUGAUAAGGAAAGGAAAAAUAAAUCUUGGUGAAGAUCAAAUUAAAAUCGAGGAUAUCUGUUACUAAAGCAAAAAGCAACGCAGUAAACACAAGGAAAUCGAUUUGUCGUCACUGAAAGCAAAAUAAAACAAUAUUCAUUUGAAAAAAUAAAAAUUCCUGCUGACUUUAUCUGUUUUGUUAUGCUAUUAUUUGAGCAGAAAUGUAAUAAUAGAUUGUAGGUUCGUUUUGAAAUGAACUUCUUGUUUCUUAAAAACGCGUUUCUCUCUAAGAACGGUAGACAUCCGGCAUUUUCUUUUGUUAGAAAGUUAUCGGCUUUCUUUUUGAAAUUACUGUGUAUUCAACAAGUGGUUUCAAAAUAGGGCAGCGAUAAGCAUCAAGACAUGAAUAAUGGAUAUAAUCUUUAUGAAGGUUUCCUCAGGAAGGUUUCCAGCAUGGUUCAUGUAGGACGUAUAUAGAUGAAAAUUAUAUUUAAGUUCUUUCACUUAUAUCUAGGGUAACGUAAAACUUGAGACACUAGAAAAACAUCGUGAAAGGUUUGUUCGAUUCAACAAAGUCAGACUGAAUCAUGUUGGUAUAUUUCCUUCUUGGUGCAUGUACCAUUUUACCUAUAUUAAACAAUGCAGUCAUGGGAGAGACCUAUCAACGACAAUCACCUGGAUUAUGGGGACGAAAACGACAACCUUCCGUAGAGGCUGACACGUUGGUGCAACGAAGUAAUGAUCUUGCGUUGAAUAAAAAACAAGUAGAAGAGGGAAUAUGGGGAAGAAAUGUACACAGCAGGAUAUCACAACAGCAACGUGAACAACUCAAAGGAAGAAGCGGGUCGGGACUCUGGGGGAGAGAAAUAUCAAAUAAUGCUGAAUUGAGUUUAAUAGAAGAAAAGAAAUCCUUAGAGAACGAUCGUCACAUGCGCAUGAUUAAAAACAUCCUAAAUUUAAUUAAAUUUUACAAAGAUGAAGGAGCAUGGGAGAUGAAGAAAGGAGUGCAUGCUGUUAAAAACAGUUAUUUACAAGCAGAUGGAUCAGGACUUUGGGGUUAAAUGUUUCAACGUAUAUGUUGGUCAAAUAAAAACUAAAAUAUUACAUUUUUUAAGUCAUUUGUUUGUAAAGUGUUGAAAUAAUCAAUAUUCUAUUCUAUUA